CUGAGAAGCGCCGAACUCUAGUUUCCAAAGUUUUCUAUGAGGAGCUAUGGGCAGCUGAUAAUCAAAGAUCCAACCCAGACGGUGAUGAACGUGCAGAGAACAGACUGGACGAUGGCGGUGUAGAAAAUGAUCAGCAGCUCCUGAAGCAGGUCGAAGUUCCUGAUUGAUGGAUGACAUCAAUGUACUUCACCACAGAUGCCUCCUGAAUUUGAGGCGUCGGAUCAGAGAUAUCGGGGAUGGGCGGCCCGCACAGGAACGAUACAUGAGGUUACACAAGGAGGGAGACAUACUCAGUUACCAAGGGAACUCUGAGGAGGUGGGUUGCUAUGUGGCUGGCCAUCCUUUAUCAAAGGGAAAUUGCUACUUUGAGGUGACAAUAGUGGACACGGGGGUGAGGGGGACCAUCGCUGUGGGCCUGGUGCCUAAAUUCUACAGGCUGGACCACCAGCCUGGCUGGCUGCCAUACUCUGUAGCUUACCACGCUGACAACGGCAAGUUGUACAAUGGGAACCCCGUGGGUCAGCAGUUCGGGCCGAAGUGUGCUCGUGGUGACCGAAUCGGCUGUGGAAUACACUCAGAAAAUAUCGAAGCAGGUCUUACAACAGUCUUUUUCACCAAAAAUGGAAAAGAGGUGGGUUCAGUGGAGGUUCCUGUGUCUGCAGAAGGGCUGUUCCCUGCAGUAGGGAUGCACUCCAUGGGGGAGGAGGUGAAGGUCGACCUGCAGGCUGAGUGGUUCCUGGAGGAAGACGAAAGUAUGAUGAUGGUGGACAGCCACGAAGAUGACUGGGGACGACUUCAUGACGUCAGGGUGAGCGGCACGCUCUUGGAGUACGUUGGCAAAGGAAAAAGCAUCAUGGACGUGGGUUUGGCUCAGGCUCGCCAACCACUCACCACCCGCUGCCACUACUAUGAACUGGAGAUUGUUGAUGCUGGGGAAAAGUGCUACAUAGCCCUGGGCCUGGCAAGAAGGGAUUACCCCAGAAACAGACAUCCAGGAUGGAGCCGAGGGUCGGUGGCAUACCAUGCUGAUGACGGUAAGAUCUUCCAUGGCAGUGGUGUCGGAGAUGCUUUUGGUCCUCGCUGCUUCAAAGGCGACAUCAUGGGCUGCGGCAUCAUGUUCCCACGGGACUACAUCCUGGACGGAGAAGGUGACAUGGACGACUGGCUGGAGGUCCGACCGGGGCACGCAGCCGUCCAGAAUGUUCUGUACCUCAACGAUGAAGACGAGGACGAAGAAGAGGAGGAGGAGGAGGAGGAAGAUGGGGAGGAAGCAGAUCAGGGACAGGAGGGCAGGAAGGUCACGGUAUUCUUCACCAGGAACGGGAAGCUGAUGGGCAGAAGGGAGAUGGCAGUUCCUCCUGGUGGCCUCUACCCGACCGUGGGGAUGCUGAGCAGCGGAGAGAAGGUCAAAGUGGACCUGCACCCCCUCAGUGGAUAGACUCGGAGCCCUGAGUGGACUCGUGACGCCCUGCAAACAGCUGGCUGCUCUGUAGAGCUCACCCACGGUAGCCUAGCAUGCUGCUAACACUCGCCAGAACACGUGCACGUCUUCCUGGGCACUGCCUCGGCUUUAAUUUAUAUCAAGACUUUUACAUUUCACAUCAGGAUCAGAGCGUCCUCCUGGUUGUGAUGUAGCAGAGGAUAGAGGAUAGGAUGUGUAGCCUGCAGAUGCUACUCAAAUAUUGGAAAAAAAAAAAAAGCUCCUGAAGGAUAUUUAACAGUUAAUUCUAUGCAAUCUGCACCGCUCUCAUCCUCACAUCUAACCCCCCUCUGCAUGCACGCUGAGCUGUUAAAUCCCUCUCAUGAGGCCUGGCACACUUUUGUUUAUUUUAUUUGUCUCGACCCCAAGCAAAGCAGAGCGAGGCCAGGAGCUGUGCCGAGUCAGGGCUCGCUGACGGUUUAUGUUUCAGGGAAUACACCCUCUCUCUCUCUGUCUCUGUCUCUGUCUCUCUCUCUCUCUCUCUCUCUCUCUCUCUCUCUCGGGGUGAGGCUGCCCUCCUGUGAGCGAUCAGGGACCUGCUGUUGCCCCACCUCGCUUGCUGCUCUCCCGGAGCUCGCUGGAAGUGAGCCGUGGGUUUGUUUUUCAGAAAUGCAUCCAGGCUGACUUUGUCUGAGAUUAUAAGAAAAGAGGAUUUGUCCAGGUUUGGAAAUCAUAGUCGAAUGAGACGUUUCCUCACAGUGAACAGAUUUCUGAGUGUUUUUAUAGUUUCAUGUUGGAGCCCGACUCUAAAUAAAAACACUUCAGGUAUGUUUUCUACAAUCAACCUCCAAAAUAUAUGUUCAAAUAUACUUCUAGGGCAAAAAAAUCAGGGAAUGUGUUUUGUUUUUGCACUUUGAGAAGAUUCUUGAUGCAAGUGAGAGAGAAAUACUAAAUAAAGGUGCAUUUCAAUAAAUUAGAAUAUUGUGGAAAAGUUCAUUUUUUCUGUAGUUCAAUUCAAAAAGUGAAACUCAAUUAUUAUAUUGAUUCAUUGCAAACAGAGUGGAAUAUUUAAAGUGUUUUAUGUCUUUUAAUGUAAUGAUUAUGGCUCACAGCUAAUAAAAACCCAAAAUUCAGUAUCUUAUAAAAUCAGAAUAUUGUGGUGUCUAAUUAAUGCUCACACUCUAAUUAGCAUCUCAAGUAGGGCUUUUCCACAAUGACUUUUGGCCGUGCCAAUCCAAACCAAGCUAUGCAUUUCAAUCACCAGUUUGGCUGCACCAAGCCAUAUCCGGAAUGGUGCUGCUCUGGAGCCCAAGCGCACCACCCCACCUCCAAGCAUGCCCCAGUGACACCACAGCAUUAUGCAUAAUUCAGGACACCUGGCAGACGUGUUUAAGGAACAACUGUCACACCAAACUUUGAAAUACCUCGGGACAACAGCAUGGACAGCUGAACCAAACAGUACUUCUUCUUCCUCUGGCGAAACAAAACAAUACUUACUGAUGCCCAGCUAUUUAACAUUAUCGAUUCAAAAUGAAGCACCAUCAGCUCUACACGCAACCUCAAAUGGGUAGCUCGGUUGUGGUGGAAAAGGAAAUCCCCUGCUACGCUGGGCUGCUUUGCUGAGUCAGAUCAAGUAGAGCCACGCUGUUCAAUGCAAUGGAAAAAACCCAUUAGUCUGGAUCAGUAGGCUGCACAAUCAUGGGGAAGACUGCUGACUUGUCCAGAAGACAGUUAUUGUCACCCUCCAAAAGGAGGGUAAGCCACAGAGAGUUAUUACAAAAGAAGCUGGCUGUCCAGAGUGCUGGCUCCAAGCUUAAGUAGAAGCAAAAGCUGCAAAAGCAACAGGGAUAACUGCAGCCUUGAGAGGAUUGUCAAGUAAAACCCAUACAGACAGAUCAAGGAAUUUGGCUAGAACUGCCACAUUCCUCGUGUCGAUGCAAUCCUGAACCAGAGACGUCAGAAGCGUGUCAGCUGGGCUAAGAAGAAAAAGAACUGGUCUGUUGCUCAGUGGUACAAAUUCACGUUUUCAGAUGAAAGCACAGUUUUAUUUUCGUUUGUAAAAUCAAAGUCCCAGAGUCUGGAGGGAGACAGUAGAGGUACAGGAUCCAUGAUCCUUAACGUUCAGAGUCAACGCUCUCAGCUGUCUACCAGGAGAUUUUAUAGACCUUCAUGCUUCCAUCUGCCAAGAAGCUUUAUGGAGAUACUGAUCUCCUUUUCACUUGCCCACAGUGAAGCUAAAACUACCAGAAACUAGUUUGCUGGCCGUGGUAUUACUUAGGGAUGCACGACAUUGGAUUUUUGCCGAUAUUCGAUAUGCUGGUAUUUUAAAACUCAUUUUGGCCAAUAUGAUAUUUAAUUACAUUUUUUCCACUGUAAAAAAAACACCAAUUCC